GAGCCGGGCUGGCAGCUGCGCCGCGGAAGCCGCAGGAUGGGCGCUGCCGCCUUUGCCUUCCCCAGCCCGGGCGGGACAGAGCGGCCCCCAGCACCUCGGCAAGUAAGUAGCCGGCUUGGCUGAGCCUUGGGAGGGAGACCCCCAGAUCCCAGCGCGGAGGGGCUUGAAACAGCCCGGAGCAGCCUGCCCCUCUGCCGCAUGCUGUCAGCAAGAGAAACACAUCUCGGAGGAUAUUUGUGCCAGGAAGACGUUAUUUGUGACACUGGGAAUGAAUGCCAUUACUAGGCUUUGCUCUGAAGAAGAACCUUUUUCAGGCAGCUUUAUAAGAUGCCUUCUACCUGUGGCCUAAAAGUAAUUAUCUCAGAUAACCCAACUUUUAAAUAAUGAAGGUGCCCUGGAGGCUUUCAGUCUCUUCUGUUAUUCAGCAUACAGAGUUUCAUACACAAAUGAUUACAAGAAUAAGCAAUGCAAUAAGCUUUUCUACAGUGAGACACUAUUUUCUAUUCUAGUUAAUGGUCAAGAAGCAGUUAGUUGACUGACUGAAGACCACAGUAAUCUAGUGCUUAUUUGCAUUGUGAUGGAGGCCUACUUUUGUAAAGUAGCUCGAAGAUCUGGGAGUAAAACAUUUAAUUUUUCUGCGUUCUCUGGUCUGCUAUGAUGUCAGAAAUGAGUACCAACUGGACAGCCAACCUGAGCUUUGAAGCAGCUGCAGAUCCUCAUGAGUCAAGAACUGGACUCUCUAGAACAGGGCACACCAUAGUGGCUGUUUUUCUUGGAUUUAUCUUGGUUUUUGGCUUCUUGAAUAAUUUGAUUGUUCUCAUACUCUUCUGCAAGUUUAAAGCCCUGCGCAACCCUGUGAACAUGCUACUGCUGAACAUCAGUGCCAGUGAUAUGCUUGUGUGCAUCUCUGGCACCACACUCAGUUUUGUAUCCAACAUCCACGGUAGAUGGAUUGGAGGGGAGUAUGGUUGUAUGUGGUAUGGCUUUGUCAAUUCCUGCUUUGGCAUUGUGUCCCUGAUCUCCUUGGCUGUCCUGUCGUAUGAACGGUAUAGUACCCUCACCCUGUGUAACAAACGUGGCUCUGACUAUCAGAAGGCUCUGCUAGCAGUUGGGGGCUCCUGGCUUUAUUCCUUGAUCUGGACAGUACCACCACUCAUUGGCUGGAGCAGUUAUGGGCUUGAGGGGGCCGGCACAAGUUGUUCAGUACGUUGGACCUCCGAAUCAGCUGAGACUGUAUCCUAUAUCGUCUGUCUCUUCAUAUUCUGCUUGGUCAUCCCUGUAACGGUCAUGAUAUACUGUUACGGGAGUCUCCUUUAUGCUGUGAAACAGGUUGGAAAAAUCCGAAAGAAUGCUGCCCGUAAAAGGGAAUACCAUGUCCUCUUCAUGGUGAUUACUACAGUAAUCUGUUAUCUAAUAUGCUGGAUGCCUUACGGAGUUAUAGCACUGAUUGCGACAUUUGGUAGUCCAGGUGCAGUUUCUCCAAUAGCAUAUGUCAUACCUUCUAUCCUGGCAAAGAGCAGCACUGUAUGCAAUCCAAUUAUCUACAUACUUAUGAACAAGCAGUUUUACAAAUGCUUUCUUCUACUUUUCCAUUGCCACCCUCCUUCAUCUGCUGAUGGAGAAUCUGUGUGUCAGUCUAAGGUAACCGUAUUCCAGCUGAAUCAGAAAGCGGACGGAGGAAUUGCUUGUAAUGAUCAAGUACUUCCUGAAACGGAUGAAAAAGUGGCCUGUCUUCAGAGCCCCAUAUCAAGUGUGGAGCCAGCUUCAGAGGACACCCCACAGAUGUUAGAGAACUCUCUCUGAUGAACUGGAAAAAACCUUAACCAAUAUAUGUGAUUUUAUUGCCACAGUACCUAACUUACUUGUACAUUCCUAAAACAUAAUUUCUUGCAUAAAACAUUCCUAUUUGUGGAACAGGAAAAAUAUGACAAGAACCAAAAUAGGCUUCUGUUACUAUUUCUUAAUUCCAACUACGAUUGAAAGUCAUUGCAGAAAUGGUUUGAUAUGGGAAGGUUUAAAAAAAAAAAAAAAAAAAUUCAGGUGAUCUUCCAGAUAUAAAUAAAUUAUUUAAUGGAGAACUGAAAAGCAGUGAAGGUUUAAAUCUUUAUAAUCUGAUGAACAGUGUUUCCAAGAGUCAACCUCCAUUAAGGAUGCAUGCAUGCAUCUAGUUUAUCCCUUUCCAUCGCCGGACUGUUCUUUACUCGUGUUUUGGUCCUUUAUACAUAUAAAAGUGAGUGAUGGAGGUUUCCUUCUUUCCCUUCACCUGAAAAACUCCGGAUUUUCUUGAUAUUCACCCUGAUUUUCCUUUUUUAAUUUCACUCAGCUAUUCCCAGUUAUACCCCUUUGCCCUACAGCAUUCAUUUCCUUCCUUAGAACUUAUAGCAGUGCCAUAUUUGCAUGUGGUUAUUUUUUCGUAUUCUGCACCCUGCCUUGCUAAUAUCAAUUUAUUUCUAGGUGCAGGUCAAUCUCUUUAGGGGAUUGAUGACCCAGAUAUCUUUCUUUCCAUGUUUGUUGCAACUAUUAGUCUGGUAUGGCAUGUUUGUCUGUGUUCCUGGGGUUGAACUCUCUGGGACAAGCAGCCAGAUAUAUACUGCCGGGCCUAAAGUAGAUGUGAAGGGACAGGGCAGAGAAGGGAUUUGCUCCCUGCACCACCAGCCAAAGAAUAAGGGACACGUGGGAAGUGCUCAUUAUCCAAGCCAUUGAGUGGAGGGGAGGGAAGAGUUUAGCAAAAGACUGAGAGGCACACUUUGUCCUUCUUCUACUUUCCAUACUAUUUACACUGCUUUUCCCUCAUCUACCUGAAUUUUGUAAGAUUUACGUGAGCACUGAUAUUGUAAUGAAUUCACAUUUACUAUUUUAAUUAUGCUGUCAAUGUAUUUAUUCAUUUUUGUAAACCUAUGCUACCUACUGAAUACAUAAUGAUUUCCAUUAUCCUUCAUUGGCCAAUAUGCAAAAUGUACUCCUAUAUAUAAACAUUAUCACUUGUGUAAACAAAUAAUCAAAUUUACACAUGCAAACACAAUUUCUUGAAUAAAUCACACAUACAAUAGAGUCUCAAUUCUCCAACCUAAACGGGACUGGAGGAUGGUCAGAUAGCAGAAAUGUUGGAUAAUACCUAUAAUUCUUUUAAUUUUAUACAUUUGCCCUUUGUAAUACCUUGCGGGAUCCAGUUCUAAACCUCCUGAAUCUGCCGCUUUGACCAGCCCUUGUAUUUCUCCCCAAAUGGGAGUAAGAUCCGGGGCUCUGCCUUGCAGCGGGAGUGCAGCCCUCGCCCUGCGCCACGCCACGUUCCCCAGCGAUGAUUUUCCAGAGCUGUGUGUGGAUUGCCUGAGCUAUGACGCAGGGCAAGGCGCUCGCCACUUUCCCCAGAAACAGAAAAAAGCAACAUUGCCAAUGGCAAAUUCAUAAGCCACAAGAGGGCGCUGCAGACCUGCCAACCAAGGCUCCCGCCCAACCCUAGAAAAGGGAAAGGGAAAAGCAGGGCCAUUGUGGUGUGAAGCUUUCCUGGAGCCCCUUGCUGUGACGGGCAGCAUGUCGGAUAAAAUGGAAUGUUGGAUAAACGAAGGUUUGAAAAUUGAGACUCUUCUGUAUCUCUGUUCUGCACAAAUUAGGUAUGGCAUGAAAAAUCUCUCAUGUGAACAAUUCCUUGAAAAGUAACAUGCACUCAAAUACAAGCUGGGUUGAGAUAGCUUUUGGAAGUGUGAAUAGAUAUUGAAAGCAUUUCCUCAAUUCUUAUUGCACUAUUAAGACAUUUUAGAAAGAAUUCCACGACUUUUCCAGUGUCCUUCUGAUUCCAAUAGCAGCUGAUUAAAAGACUAGAAAAGAACAAUACCGUGAUUCAUUCUCGUGAACAUACAUGAAAGCAAAGACAAAGCUUUACAGAAGGGACAAGUAUUAGCUGUUUUUAAAAAUGUAAACAGAGCUAACUGUUAAAUUCUAUUUUCCAGCCUUUAAAAACCUGUUGUAAAGAACAAUAAAAAUGACAAUAAAAUAAUUAGUGAUGUUUUUUUAAUUUAUGUAGCGUCUGCAGUUCAGAAUACUUUACAGUACAAUGCAUCUAACCAACCUUAUGUAAGGAGAAGAUUAAGUCACUGGAGAGUACAUACUGGCAAGAGAAAUACACUAUGACUGAAUAGCUGUUUUCCCUCUGUAACUUCUGAUCCCAUUAACAAAACUGACAGUAUAAAACCUGUCAAGAAAUCCUCACAAUCCAAUAAAAAAAAUCUUUUAAAACUAGCAACAGAAACUAAAAAGCCAAUAAAAUUCUAAGUUGGUGAUGACACUCCAUUCUUUCUUCCCGCAGCUGUGAAAGUGAGAACAAACAGGAAAAUUAAUCUCUUCACUUGGCAUAAGCAUGACUACACACCCUAAGCUUAUUUAAAAGCUUUAAAUCCUUUAAUUUUUUAAAUUACAUUUAAAACAGUUCAUUCAAAGAACAAACCCUACUGUCUGAUAGAUAACCUAGGACUAAAUUUAGAAAAGCAUUCAAUAGAAGAGUUGGAAAAUAGCAGGAAUCAAAAUACUAAUAGAAAUAAUAGAAAUGAGAAACAGAAAGAACCAGGACAUUUAAGUCCAGCCCCUCACCAAUAUCAGUAAGUCCCCCCGCCCAGCAUUUUCUAUUGCUCUGCCCUUUCUGCUCAUUAAAAGUCCCAAGCAAUAGUGCUACUAAAUUUUUCUGGGGAGUGCAUUCCACAGCCUAAUACAUCUCAUAGGCAAGCCUCCCUUUCUUAAUUUAGUUAAGUUUUCUUAUAACCCUUUUCCACCAUUCUCCAUUAUUUCCAUUUUCCUUACUGUUUAUGACCUUAAAAUGGGAAAUUUGUGUCAUCUGGGUACAGCUACUUAGUUGUUACUAGGCCAAGCUACGUUU